AGCACCGUGGGGCACGCAAUGGGGGGCUGUGGGGGGCGUGUCGCCAGGACCGUGCAGAUGUCGGCAUAGGUACCAAGCGCAAGCCACAGACUAACAUACUGUUGUCGCGACCAUACCAGCUUAUGAGGCAUUUGCACCGACCACAUCCUUGUGAGCCAUCAUCGGGAUGUUUCUGAUCGGACCUGACCUUCAAGCUCUUCGGAGCCGUAGGCUGCUACCAUAUGACCUCUUAGCUGUAGUUGCUGUAACUUUGCUUCUAGGGAGUCGCAUAGCAGACGGGCAUCGACACCGUGCGUCCAAAAAUGCUGGCGUGUCGUUGCCGCGCGAAUGUAACGCAUAUGGCGACCUCUGGCCGCAAGCCGACAAGGACGUUGGCUUCUUUCAAGCAAGCGGUAUUACAGAAGACCUUAUGGCAGACACGGUUCGCUUCUUUGCCACGCCGUUCAAGCGUGGGAUGCAUUAUGGUUUUUUUGGUGGCAAGGCCUACAUGCUCACACCCAGCUACUUAGCCAAGUAUGGGCAGAUAUCACUGUCUCGCCAACUGACGUACAUGAAGGUCCUGUUGGACUUGGAGAAGAGGUACGGGCGGGAGAUUCCGGACUGCGAAUUUGUUAUCAGCACGACCGACACACCCAACCAGAACCCUGUGCUGCCUGAGAGCGACGAGCAGCAGGCCAAAGGCCGCACGCUACUGGAGCAACAGCAGGCGCAGGACGAACGCCGGCAGCAGCCUCGCUCUCCGCGUGCCGCCAAGGCCGCGGCUCGCAGUCACCACGCGCUGACGCACCCCUUCGGGAAGCCGGGCGUGCCCAACGGCACGUUCCCUGUGCUGCGUGCCUGCAAGUCCGCGCCGUUCCCUGACAUUCUCAUUCCCAGUCAUGACUUCUACCUCUUGCGGUACGACACGACCGUGCUACGCGCUGCCGGCAACCUGACGGCGGCGGGGGAGCUGGCGCCGUGGGACCGCCGCAACCCGGCGGCGUACGGCAGAUACGACCUGCGCGUCGCGCGCUCCCGCCACGCACGGGACCGUACCACGUACCGUUACGGCACUGGUGACAUGCGCAUCUGCAGCGGCACCGGGGAGACCAGGUGCUUUGUGCGCCGCCACCUGUGGGGAAUCACCGAGAAGGCGAACCGCUCCCUCGUGGAUAUCGGCCACGUGCCUGCAGCCUCCGACCACCACCUGACAGACCUGCACACGGCCAGACACCUGGCGCUGGCCUUGGUUCGCGAGGAGCUGUUGGGUGGCGGGGGCCGCGGCACACGCCCUUCCCACGGCGCUGCGGAGCACGCGAGCGGCGGCAAGGGUGGCGGCAGCAUCUACAACGGUGGUGGAGACAGUGGCGGCACCUCUGGACAGGCUGCAGCGGCAUCCGCGCCUGGCGUGUCGGUGCUGGGAAGUGUGGACGGCGACGCGGCGACUGCGGAGGAGGCGCACCAGGCCUACCUGCUGGGUGUGAAACACAGCGCCGGCUGGGCUGAGGGUGAGGACGAGGUGGCAGGCGCGGGCAGCUAUGCGCCCGGGGAGGUGGAGCGGCUGCGGACUGCGCCGCACCUGCCCGCCUACCUACGGGCUGCGGCACAGCACAAGCUACUGGUGCACGUGGACGGCGCGGGCUGUAGCAGCGCCCUGGAGCGGCUACUGCCAAUGGGCGGGGUGGUGCUGCGCGAGGAGAGCGGGUACUUCGGCUACUACCACCAGGCGAUGCAGCCACGUCAGCACUACCUGCCCUGGUGGCGCCGCGACCCAGAGGACCUCUACGCCGAGGCCGCGUGGGCGUCCCAGCACCCAGACGCCGCACAGGCGAUUGCAGCGGCCGGCGCCGCCUUCGCUCGUGGCAUGCUGGGGUCCCAGGGCCGUGCCUGCUACUGGCUAGCUGUGUUGAAGCGCCUGGCAGCUGCGUUUACCUACCAGCCGAAGCUGAGCGACUUUCCGCGGGCGCUGCCCCUGGCGCGGUACCGGGAUGAGCAGGUGUUGCGGAUGCGGCCGGGGCCGGGGCAGCGACCAUUGUUUGGGCAGCCGUUUGAGCCGUAGAGGGAUGUAUGGGUAGUGGAAGGGGGUGUAGGGGGGUGGCUUGCUGAGGGGCGGGACAGGCGUGGGGACUCUAGGGUUUUGGAGAGGGGGGCGGGGGGUGGACAGCCAUGAACUCGCGAGGGACAACCGAGCACGCGCCAGCCGGGCGUUCGUAGGGCCGCCAGGUCGGAUGCUAUGAGAACUAGAGCUGCAUGUAUACAGAGGAAUUCUGAGCUUUUAUCAAUUGAUGAGGUUUAAGACGUGGACAGGGGCCGGGCUCGCCUCUGCGCCGACGUGCGUCUACGGCUCGGAACAGGCGGGCAGUGUACCGGGCGCACGCUAAACCUCCUGAAAAACACUCUUGCUACUAGAAAACAUAAGCU